UCAAAUUUUCCACUGACAACGCGUUUAGUGUGUUCUAGCAAUCACCUCAGCCGGUAUAUAUAAGGAGCCAAUCAUUGUACAAACUUAAUUUCGCACUGACAACAGACUCGACAAGCACAGAAUCGAAAACAAUUUUUUUAAAUUUCAAGAGACAAGCGAGCGCUACUAUAAGGCCUGCGACAAAACGUUGUAAACUCAUCACAUCAAAGAAUUGUCAAAGAGCACUGGUCUGACAGGAGCUCUUGGUUUUCAAAAAGUAUAGUUGGGUUAUCGAGAGCAGACAAAGACAAUGUUCAACAUUCCUGUUUUCGUCCCACACGAGAGGUCGCAAAGACCAAGGCAGUGGCGGUGUCCCAUGUCACAACCACAAAGUCAUACCCGCCACGGACCACAACACCCGUUCAUGAUGUUCGGCCCUACCUCUCCAAUGAACUCCCAGAGGUGCUGCAACGAAAGUUACAGAAGAGCUGAGAGAAAUGACAACAGCUUCAGACCUGAACUCUUCGAGUCUGAUUUUGCUCAGUCUCUGCUCACUCAAUUAUUCGGUGAAGGAGAGUGCUCACACGGACAAGGCGCCCAGCAACAGACACCUCCUGCGGCUGCGCCUAACAAUGAAAAUGUGAACUCAACCUGUACAGAGCACCCAAUGAUGACAAGCGGCAACCCCUUCAUGGACAUUUUGGGUGACAUCUUCAAGAACUACGAUGAGGAUGACGCCUCAAAAAAUAAGCCACAAAAAUGGAAGAAAGUAGUGGACUGCACUGGCUUCAAGUCUGACAACAUUCGCGUGAAGAUCUUAAAUAGGACUAUCAAUGUCAGGGCCGUUAAAGAGGAAGCGUCUUCUGACGGAAGCACUUGCAGCACAAGAAUGGAAAAAUGCAUAGAACUGCCACAGAACGUAAAUGUCAAAGAGGUCAGUUGCCGACUUUUUCGUAAUUCGAAACUCCUAAUCGAAGCACCCAUCAUUGCUCAACCACGAGAGAAGCUGCAGAAUACCCAGAAUGAAUGCCAUGGCAAUACACCAAACAAAUUCAACCAAGAGAGAGAGCCUCAACUUAAGAUGAAAAUUUUUCCAAACGGUGAUAUGGUUUUGGGUAUGGUACCCAGAGCAAAUAACCAAGCCAAGAGUUCGAAAAAAGCUGAACAAACAGAGGCAAAAUCAGAAGAACAGAAAACAUGUGGAAACCGCGAAGAUCCCGCGUGCAUGACAAUGAAAGAAAGUGGAGGCAACGGGUACAGACGAAAGGAACAAAAGACGAAAACAGAAAACACAGAGGUAAAUAUCCCAGUGAAGAUGUCAUUGUCAAAUGUAGGCAGCGCAGAUCAGGGCAAAACUUGUCCAAUCAACGAGAAAGAAGACACGCAAGUUUCAACAACUUCUGUGAAUGAAGAGCUGUACUCCAAGAAAGUCGAGCCUCGUGAUCUAGAACAAGAGUUGGCUCAUGCUCAAGAAGAUGCAACUGCGAGUGAAGAAACAAGUGUUUUGACUACAUCGUCGGCCAGGAAUGAUGAAGAAGCACCGGAGACUCCCCAAAACAAGGGACAAGAGGUACCUUUCGUUGUUAAAAUGUCCACCGGAGAUGAAAAUGAGGACGCCUUCUCGCAAAUCUCUCACGAUAGCGAGAACUCUUUCGUUGUGUUAUCUGAUCCAGAAAAAGCAAACAAGAAAACUGACGUUUCUGAGAAUUCACUCGAAAGCACAGCACAGGCCGAAAGUCAAGACUCGAGUGACAGGAAAGAUGCAGGCUCCAUAAUCCGAAGUGUCGUUGAGACUUUAGCACGUGGUUUGGAUGCUGACGAGAAGUCAAACCAGAAUGCCAAACCCCAUGAAGUCAUUGGUAACAUCAUGCAAUAUGUUGCCCAGAAAGCGCCGGAGGAUUUGAAAAAUUUCAUUGUCAACAACGAUGGAUCUUUUCCUCGGGACGUCAUGAAAUUUGUAGUCGACAGGGCAUCUGAGGAGACACCAGACAAGGAAACUCCAGACAACGACAAGACUGUAGAUCAAUCUCAAACAGCAAGUGGAAAGUAUGACAGUACUGUGUCCGACAGAGAGGAAAACUCUCUUGAAAAAGAAUUUCAGAUUCGGUUGGAGAUGCCUUGCUUCGGUCCUGAAUCAAUUAGUGUGACCAUGGAUGAUACUCAACGUGUUCUGAACAUUCGAGCCAACAAAGAGGGCGACCAAUCACCAACGGAGUCUGUUCAUAAGACCAUCUCUGUGCCAGACACAGUUGACGUGCAACAACUUCAAUGUCAUUUCCAAGAUGGAAUGCUUACCAUCAACGCCCCAUUCAAACAAGACGACAAAGAAAAUGCAAGAGAGAUUCCCAUAAACGUGUAAAAGCAAACUUUUAAGAUACAGGGUAAUAAAAAAAAAACCCAACCUGUACAACCUUUUCCUAAAUA